CCCAAAAGCAUUACUAACAUUUUAUUAUGUACCCUCUAGAAAAAUUAAGGAUGUUCUCGAUCUGAGGGAGAUUCAAAGAUACUAGAUUUUUAGGACUUGAUUUGGAAUAGCAAGAUGCAAAGAAAUUCAAGAAUGAAGCGRGAAUUAAAGUUGUUGGCAGAAGAUCCGCCUCAUGGAGUGUCUUGUUGGGCUGUGGGUGACGAGCUGCACCAUCUUGAAGCGAAGAUCAUUGGAGCUAAUGGCACACCAUAUCAUGGAGGAGUCUUCAAGAUUGAUAUACAGAUUCCAGAAAGAUACCCAUUUGAACCACCCAAAAUGAGGUUUGUCACACCUAUUUAUCAUCCCAAUAUUGACAAUAGUGGUAGGAUAUGCUUGGAUAUCAUCAAGAUGCCCCCUAAAGGGAUGUGGAAACCAGCAUUAAACAUUGGUUCGAUUUUGUCAUCUAUUCUUCUCUUGAUGGACAAACCCAACCCAGAUGAUCCUCUAAUGGCUGACAUUGCUAAUGAAUUUCGUUACAAUUAUUCAGCAUUUUUUGACAAAGCAAAACAAUGGACAUUGACCCAUGCCACAGAUGGAGCUCCAGCAAAUCAAACUCAAAAUGAGGAAUUGGCUGAGAAACAUGACGAGAAUGAUGUUAACAUUUCUGGAAAGGAAAAGGCUUUGGAUUCUGAUACCAAUUCAAGCUCUGAAUCAGAAUCAGAUGAAGAGAACAAUAUUCCUCAAACUACCAAUAUGCUAAAGGGCGUAAAACGGAUAUGUUAUGAUGAUAAACCAUCUACAUCAGGACUUAGGCCUAGCAAAAUCCGAAAAGUAUAACAAAAAUUGAGUUUUUGUUUAAGAGCCAAUGGGAUUUUUAGAGCCUGUCCGUUUCCCUAGGAGAAGAUUUCCUGAACACAUUUACCUCACUUAUUCCUGAUCAGCAACAUAAUCUAAAACUAAGCCUGAUGACGUGUUCCUAUAUUAUAGGUGUCAUGAGUCACCAGGCUCAUUUUGUUGACAAUCAGGACAGAGUAAGGUAAGUGUACUGGGGAGAUCUACACCUAACAGUUGUGUAAACUAGUGCAAAUGUGGUAUUUAGGGAGAGAGAAAAACCACACGUGUUACUUCUGUCAUUAACACUUUAUUCCAAAUGGUGGAUCUCACGCAGCCUUCCUAAAUAAGGAUCCUCCUUACUUAAUAUUAAACUUCAUCUGUAUACAAAGGUAUAUGGUGACUUAUAAAACAACACCAAUAAAAAUUUAGGUGCUUCUUAAAGAAGACUUUAAUGUUAGUUACUCACAGACAUAAUCCUUAAGCCUAGCUGGUAGGAUCUGUACUGAACCUGAAAUUACUCAAAAAGUAUUUCAGUAUUUUGUCGAGUAUCUUUAAAUCUCUUGAAAAAUUUAUAAAUAGAUAUCAUUAAAAGGUAUGAAAGAAA